AUGCGAUUCAUCGAGUUCUCUACGAAAGUCUGCAGCUUUAUUAGGCGGAGCAGCUCUCAAGAGCAAUUUACCAUUAUCUUCCUCACGAGUUUCUUGCAUAUUGCUAAAUGCUGCAAACACAUUAAUUCUAUCUGCAUUAUCGCUCCUUCGAUCUACCGUAGUUCUUGUCUGUCCUUGCGUAAGAACUCAUUCACCAUGAUUAGACGUUGCGUAUCCUCUCCAAAGCUCAGUUUCCAUGUCUCCUGUCUCAUAAUCGCCGUCUUCCUUCUUCUCCAGAUCUUCUCCUUCGACCUCAGCCUGUAUCCGAAGCAACAGAAGGCAGAAGCCAUGAAAAACGAAACCCUCUACCUGGUGGAGAGGCUUCGUGCAUCGGUGACCUUUCUUCCCCUCAAAGAUCUGCGCUUUUCCGACAAGCCGCAAGAGGGGCAUACGUGGUUCAUGAGCUCUUUUCAUGAUAAGCGAGAAAAGGGCGAGGUUCAACACCAAGAGUUCCCGUCCGAAUCUUCGAACGGAAGGUUGCUGUGCUUGAAGGGAAACGACGGGCACGAUGGAUCGUGGAAUUACUACGCGUUGGCUUGGCCCGAAGCUCUUCCUUCCAACACCGAUCUCCUCGAGGGAUUGACGUUCGUUUCGUAUAACCAUUACAACUAUGAUAACUUGUGGCAUGGGCUAUCAGCUAUAUUUCCUUUUGUUGCUUGGAGCUUGAGAAACAAAUGCGAGGAGCCCCAAAGAUGGGUUUUGUAUCAUUGGGGUGAGAUCAGGACCAAGAUGGGGCAUUGGCUCACUGAGUUAAUCUCGGCUACUUACAGUAAAAAACCCGAAAUUCUUCAGUUAGGUAAUGAAAGACCGGUUUGCUUCGAGAAGGCGGUUGUUAUGAGACACAAUGAAGGAGGGAUGUCAAGAGAAAGAAGAACAGAAGUCUACGAUCUCCUCAGAUGCAAAGCAAGAACCUAUUGUAAUCUUACCGUACCGAAUCCAUCAUCAAACCCGCAUAUCGGUAUGACAUUGCUCAUGAGGACAGGCCCGAGAUCGUUCAGAAACGUCUCGGCAGUGAUCGGGAUCUUCAGAAACGAGUGUGAGAGGACGGGCAUCUGCGAAAUGAUCGUAGCGAAUUCGGGCAAUCUCGGAUUCUGUGAACAAGUAGAGCUAAUGAGCAAGACAGAUGUUUUGGUCUCACCGCACGGAGCACAACUGACAAACAUGUUCUUGAUGGACAAGAACAGCAGUGUCAUGGAGUUCUUCCCCAAAGGGUGGCUGAAUCUUGCAGGGGUCGGCCAGUUUGUGUACCAGUGGGAAACUAACUGGUCGGGGAUGAGACACGAAGGCGCAUGGCGUGACCCGGAUGGCGAGAACUGUACGUACCAAGAGAACGAUCGGAGAUGUAUGUCCAUUUACAAGAACGGAAGGAUUGGAUGUAAUGAGACAUACUUUAGGGAAUGGGCAAGGGGCGUUUUAGUUAGGGUUAAGGAAAGAAAGCUAGAGGAGCGUUUGAAACGCAAACGCGUUUUGCGUUCUAUCCAUACCUGUCAAUGUUGAUGGAGCUAACUGGUCUUCAAAAAGUUCAGACCAAAUACCAAUAAGCCAUUAUACAGUGUCACAUAUUCUCUCCCCUGUGGAAGAUUUAGGACCGAACAAAACCACAACAAACACACAGAGAGACAACCUAGUCUCCAGAUAACUCAGUUUUUUUUCCGGCUGAUUUUCUCGUAAAUUAUGUCAGAGAAGAGGAAAUCGAAUUGCUUAUAAAA